UUCAACAACAGCCGCAACGAAAAUAACCUACUGAGUACGACCCUGUGUCAGGAACAGCAAACGUCUGGUGCUGCAGAUCAUAGUAAGCGGUUUUCCAACAUGUUGACAAUCAAAGACGUGCAGUACGCAAGAUGGCUAAAAGGUGCUGUUAAAACAUUGACGUUCUUGUGCGUGAACGGUGACUGUUUGAUGAUGAGGGAUCAUCUGAUCGACGAUACACUGGCGGAUUUGGAAGCAAAAAUCCAAGAACACUGCAUGACCGCAGUCGAUCCGCUGUACACACCAGCCGAAAACGAACUCUGCCUGGCCAAGUACUUUGAUGAAUUGUGGUAUAGGGCUAUAUGUGUUAAAGCCCCUAACGAUUUGGACAAAAACGACAACGACUACAUGGUUUAUUUCUUGGACUGGGGAAUGGAGUACUUGUCAAAAGUCGAAGACAUUAAGAAAAUGCCCAAGGACUUUAUCUACCUACCAGCAACAGCCUACAAAUGUUACGUAAAAGGUAUGUUGAAUAUAAAAAUAUCACAGUACACAUUAUUGUUAAAGGGGAUAUAA